CCGAAGUCUGGCCCCGCAAGGUCCUGCACUACUACGUCAAGGUUCUCGUCACUCGAUCUUGACGAUAUCCUCGAGGUAAUCAUUGCUCGAGGCGUGGAGAGCAUCACCCUAGGAGACGACAUCACGCACUACAGAUCGGCCCACUGCUCCUUUGCCGCAUCUGCCACCGCCGCGAAUCCAGUGCCUGGGCCUUAAUUGGCCUAGGGACUUCCUUUCCAAACAUGGCACCUCUCAAUCUCAAUCUCUCGGGCUUCCUCAACGUCUUCAAGCUCAUCGCCAAGCCGUCUUUGUGCUUGCCGCACGCAACUGUGGCGACUUUCAGUGAUCUCCCUGUUCCUCUGGAGAAGGCUUUUGAGACAGAUGGCCGUGCCGUCAACAUAAGAGCCGUCGUGCUCGACAAGGACGACUGCUUCGCAUAUCCCGAUACAAACCAGAUCCACCCGCCCUACUUGGAACGAUUCAGGCAAUUGCAGAAGGAGUUCCCUGGACAGAAGCUUAUCAUCGUGUCCAACACCGCCGGCGCCCUGACCUUUGACCGUGAUGCAAAGCUCGCCAAGGAACUCGAGACAACAACCGGGGUCACUGUCCUGAGCCAUCGUGUCAAGAAGCCCGGCUGCAGUGACGAGAUCAUGGCGCAUUUUGCCAGGCACCCCGAGACCGGCGUCACGCAUCCCAGCCAGAUCGCCAUUGUCGGCGACCGCCUGGCCACCGACAUGAUGCUCGCCAACAUGAUGGGUAGCUGGGGGCUGUGGAUCCAGCAGGGUGUCAAGCCCAUGGCUCAAAAGGGCAUUUUCUCGAGACUCGAGCAGCGCGUGGAGCCAUUUCUGCGAGCCCGCGGAUACCGUCCCGCAGACCCGCGUUCGCCGUUUGAAUAGACCACGAUGGACAACA